AUGCCGGUGACCGUCGAGAAGUCUGGUGCAAAUGGCGGUUUGCAUAACGACUCGUGCAAAAUGGCUUCGAAUGCUACAUGUUGGCUUCAGGUGCUGGCUGGCUUCUUCUUGAUGUUCAACUCUUGGGGACUUGUAAGCGCUUUUGGCGUGUUCCAAGAGUACUACUCUUCACUCGACCCAACACUGGCUGAGCAAUCUUCACUUUCAUGGAUCGGCUCCCUACAGAUUUUCCUCAUGCUAGCAUGCGGAUCUGCAACCGGCUCAUACGUCGAUAGAGGCCACGCGAAGCUCAUGUCAUUUGGAGGUUGCGCACUCGUCACUCUUGGCUUGCUAUUCACAUCCUUCAGCGGAGAGUUUACAGGUGCUCAACGUCCAUUGUACUACCAGAUUCUGCUAUCUCAGGGCAUCCUUUCUGGACUGGGUAUGAGCUUACUUCUGGUUCCGUCGACGGCAAUUGUACCCACGUACUUCGUUGACAAACGUACCCUCGCUGUCGGACUUGCCAAUACUGGUGCAUCGAUCGGUGGUGUGAUCUACCCCAUUAUCAUCCGGCGCAUGCUAGCUAGCCUGGGUUUCCACUGGACCAUGCGAGCGGCAGCAUUGAUCGUGCUUGUCACAACAGGCUUCGGCGCCCUACUUGUGCGCCAACGGGAAGAAUUGACGCGGAAUCCCGCCAAACGCACACUCUACGAUUUCAGUUGCUUAAAAGAAUUGCAAUACGCCAUCUUCGCCGGAGGUGUUUUCUUCACUUUCGCUGGCAUAUACAUACCGUACUUCUACAUCAGCUCUUGGGUACGUGAUACCAACUUUCCAGUAAACGGCCUGCACCCGUACUACCUCCUCAGCAUCCUCAACGCUGGUGGACUGGUUGGGCGCAUAAUUCCGAGUUUCUGCGCGGACAAAUUCGUUGCCGGGCCCGUGCUGGUUCAGGCACUGGCAGCGAUUAUAUGUGGUUGCUUAGCAGCAGGUUGGACGUUUAUCGACACAUCUUUAGCUGGCCUCAUCGUAUGGACUUUCGCAUACGGCUUCUUCAGUGGUAGCGUGAUCAGUGUGAUUCCGUCUAGUGCGGCUACAUUGACUAAGAAUAUGAGUCGAUUGGGUGGAAGACUUGGUAUCGUCUUCGCGGGCAAUGCGUUUGCAUCUUUGAUAGGCAAUCCAGUUGCAGGUGCUAUUUUACGAGAUACUAGCUCUGGGUGGCGCGGACUUGCGAGCUAUUGUGCCGUCUUGAACAUGGCUGGGGGAUGUUUGCUGACGAUCUGCUGGGUCAUGCAUGUGCGCAAUUUGAGGAGCAUGUCUUGA